AUGAAGGCCGCCGCCGCCGCCGGCGACGGAGGGAGAAAGAGCAGGGGUGGCGGAGGGCAUCGUGGUGGAGGCGUCGGCGGCGGCAGCAUGAGGCGUGGUGGCGGCGGCGACAGCGGCGGCGGGUGGAGGCGUGGUGGAGGAGGCGACGACAUGGGGUUGGGGUUGUGUGGUCGCGGAUGGGGACGCGGGCAUGAGCGUUCAUCUUCCUCGGGUCAAGCCCGCUACCAGAACAACACCACACCCGCAGCGUUUGCAGCAGCAAGUCAAUGGCCUAUAGCAAAUUCAGCCGGUUCCACCACGUUAGGUUCUACAUCAACAAAGUUUCCCGGCUUUACAUGUUAUCAGAUCCAACAACUUCUUGCGCUCAUCACUACCUCCUCUGAAGGUGCUAGUAUGUCUGGUAAGCACAAUACCAUUUGGCUUAUUGACAGUGGUGCAUCUCAUCACACGACGGGAAACUUAUCACUACUCUCACAUGCUUGUGACAUUCCUCCCUCUCCGCUUGGUCUACCCGACGGAGCUAAUGCAUCGGCUAUCAAACAAGGAUCUUAUUUAUUGCAACCUGGUUUAAUCUUAACCAAUGUGUUAUAUGUGUCGAGUUUGUCUGCAAUUUAG